GCUUCUCUGUACUGCUCCACCCGAAGUGAACUAAAACUCCCUGGCCGGAUGUUCCCGAUACACAGCACAGCGCUGUUUUAAACUUUAAUCUUGAAUGUUUCUUUCCCCAGCUGCUUGGCUGAGAGUCUGCGCUGCUCCGGUAAAACUCCAGCAGAGAGCCGGAGCUGAGGUGAGACUCCAACAGCAGCUGUGCAAAGUGGUCAAUUGCCAUCGUCUCUUCCUUUUAUCCCUAAACCUCGUAUCAUGCCAGGACAGAUCUCCCCAACCUCUCCUUCCUGGAGUGCGUCUAUCCCCACUCAGCCGUUCCACUUCCGUCUCCGCAUUGAGCCGAUUGAUUGGCGGCGUAUGGCAGCGCUGGACGUGGACCGUGUGGAGAGAGAAACAGAUAUAAAUGUGCUGCAGGAGCUCAUCAGUGCUGUGACUUUCUGUGCGGUGGAGGGCGAGCGGUGUCCACAGUGCCGUUGUCCAACCGACACAACGCUGCUGAAAGUUCUGCGCAUGUCACAGCUCAGCACAGAGUACCUGCUACACUGCCAGGACUAUCUGAGCUCACAGGUGGCAGUGCUGGAGGAGCGGCUGCAGGGGGCGCUGUCUCAGGCACUCCGCGAGGAAGAGGAGCGAGCACGACUCGAGAAAGAGCUGCAGGAAGUCAAGCUGGAGAGCCGGCGCAGGAAGAAGCUCGUCGCCACUCAACAGCUCCUCCUGCAGUCCAGUGCCAAUAAUUACCACAAGUGCCACUUCUGUGAAAAGUCUUUCGUCAAUUAUUCUUACUUACAAUCUCAUGUUGAGCGCAGGCAUCCGGAGAUCACUGAAGCAGUUGAUGAAAAGAAAUAUAUCAGUUCUCUGCAACAUGGUGGCCACUGUGUUUGUGGGUCAGAGAGACAGAAGAAGAUGCAGGUGGAGCAGAUGAAGGAUGGGUUGGAGGAGCUGAAGGAGAAACUGAGACUGACUCAGAGUCAACUCGAAGCAGAGAGAGAGGCAGAUGCGUAUCGGAGACAGCAGGAGCUGGAGGAGCAGCGGAGAAGAGAGGCGUCAGACCGGGAGAUAAUUGAGCGAUGCAAAGAAGAGGAGAAGCGGACAUUUCAAGAUGAAAUUGACGGCCUGAGACAGCUUCUUCACCAGGAGUUUGAACUAAUUAAAACCAAGAGCAUCUCCAUAGAGGCUAAACUGCAUGAGCUGGAGAGCAGAGAGAGAAACAUGUCUAAUCUAAGGGGUGAGGAUGAAUUUGAGAAAGAGCAAAAGAGGAUCAGAGAGAGAGAGCUGAAGGAGCAGAUGGUUCAGAAGAAGAAUAAAUGGAAGAUGAAAAUAAAAGAGCUGCAGAACCGACACCAGCAGGAGAAAGAGGAGCUGGAAAGUGAAAAUAUUAGGCUGCAGAAGGCCUUGUCAGUGGAGGAAAGCACUAGUUCUAGUGUGCACUCGCUGAAGCAGCAGGUUCUCUCUCUCUCCUCUCAGCUCAGGCAGAGAGACACACUCAUUCACUCCCAGAAAAAGAAGAUAAAGAAGCUGAUGUACAGAUCACUGUCAGAGCCACUUCCGAUAAUGGCUGUUCAGAACUCUCUAGACGAAGAAGGAGAUGAUGAAAAGGAAGAGAUUGAAGAGUUAGUGUCAGCCCGAGUGGAACCAGUGAGAAGAAUCCCAGCGCAGAGGAAGAAUUUCAGAUCCAUCGUGAAGAAAAGACUGCAGAAGAGGCUGGAGAAGAUGGGACUAAGAAAGGGCACUAAGGGAAUCUCUACUCAGUCCCUGAAGAGUCUAAUCUAUGAGCGAGGACAGACAUUUAGGAGUCAGUCACAAUUGCAGGAUUUGAGAAACAACCUAGAGGACAAGCUAAAGCAAAGAGUGAGGGAGCUGCAGACGAGCCAGGGAAAAUCUACACCUAACACACAGAUGCUGGUUCUGCUCUGGGGUUUUUCUUCAGCUAGAAAGAUGCGUCGUAGUCCAGUCAUGGAACAGAGCCCUAGACGCAGACAGUACAGUCCCAGAAACUCCCUACAGAAUCAUGAGAUUCAUCAGCCUCCUACAGCUGCACCACGCUCCAAAGCUCCUUCACUCACACCGAUUCUACCGGCACAGCAAAAGAAGAGCAGUACUCCACCCUUCAGCUCAGAACAGGAGGAUGACGACGAGUCAGGCAAGGACAGCGCCUACAUCACCAGCUCUCGGGACAAACCGUCCACCUCUGUUCACCUCACACCAACAAAGGAACAGCAGAUAGUAGAACAUGAGCUCAACUGGUCAGACAGCGAUGAUUCAGAUGACUCUUACACACAAAAGCCACAACAGGCUUUUAGUACACAUGGUUCAGUUGUUCAAACGCUGACAAGGAGUUUAGAAAAGCAGAUGAGCAGCAGCAUCACAAAUCCUGUAGGAGGAAUACGAGUCUUGCCUCCAGCCUCUCAGCCUUCACCUCGACCCGCCAUCAUCAAACAACAGGCGGUGUCUGAGGAAGAGAGUGAUGUGGACUUGUCCUCCAUCGAGGAGCUCACUGCUCCACCCACAGCCGGGCGCAGGAGCUCGGAUGCGGUUGUCACGUCAGGCACUAGCGUAUGGAGCUCAGCUGCUAGCAGAGCAGGAGCGUGUUUGAAAUGUUCUGGAUUUGAGGAGUCAUGAAACAUUACCUGGAAGUCCCAAGAUGGUGAAAUAGGGUCUGCACUCUGUGAAUCCUGAGCUCUGUCUUACACACGACCUCCACAGGCCG